UCGAGAUACAUGAAGCGCGAGUUAAAAUAAAUUUUCUUAUUUUUUUCAUUGUUUUUAAAGUUUUUAUUAUUAUUAUUAUUAUUUUUUUAUAAAUUUUUAUUUUUUUAUAAAGUAUUUUAUAAUUAUAAUUUUUUUUAAUGUUUCACGUUAAUCUUAUAUUUUACAAAUAUUGUAAUAUUUACAAAAUAUUUACAUAAAUUUUCACUUUUUAAUUGAAUGUUUAUUAUUAUUAUUAUUAUUAUUAUUAUUAUUAUUAUUAUUUUGUACAUAUAAGCAACUAUUAUUAAUUUCAUAAAUAAUUAGACGAUAAGUGUGUGUAUAUAUAUAUAUAUAAAUUAUCAAUUUGUGAACGAUGAAUUUCAUUUUAUUAUCAAUUUUUCUAUGCGUCUCACCAUCAUUAUCGGAAUUGCGAAAGGAAUAUUUGCCAUUUCGUAAGAGGCACAAUAUUUUCAAUAAAUUGAGAAAACGUCAAACAAACAAUGGAGGAGGAUAUUUAGAGCAAUGUGCAAUUGUUAAUUUUUCAAAUGAAGUUAAUUUUUAUGGAAAAGUUAAUGUUGUAGCAUUUCUCGAUGCAACAUGGCAAUACAGUCAUCGACAGGCAGUUAUGCUAAAAGAUUUAAAAGGACGUUUCGAAAGAUUUGGCUUAAUGGAUAUUAAUUUUUUUGUUAUUAAUUCAAUGCCAACGACAAUUACACAUCAAACGGAAAUUGAUGUUGAGAAAAAAACAUGGAUGACAAUUAAUUCAAGUGAAACGACUGAUGAUGAUGAUGAUGAUAAUAAUGAUUUUCCUCAUGUUAAACUUUCUAUAGAAUUAUUAAAAGAAAUAUUGGGAAAUGAAAUUAUUUUUAUACAAGAUAAUAAUAAUUUUGAAAUAUGGAAAAAACUUCAUGUUUCACGUGAUCAAAUUAUUGUUGUUGAUGGUUGUGGACAAUUAACAUAUCAAGUGAUUGUUCCUUGGAGUAUUUUACAUUUUCCCUAUGUUAAGGCGGCAAUACUUUCCACAUUUAAUGACGAACCAUGUGGUCCAUGUAAAGCAAACAAUUUUGAAGAAAUGAAGCCAUAUGAGCCAAUUAAUGAUGAGGCUCAAAUUUCAACGAAUCAAAAUGAAACUAUUUAUUUAGAAAAAGAAGAAAAACAAGAAAAUGAAGAAAAAGAAGAAGAAGUUAUAAAUGAAAAAAUUGAAAAUUUAAAAAAAUUAACACAAUCAAUGACAAAAUUAACCUCAAAUAAUGAAGAAAUAAAUAGAAAAUUAUUUAAUGAAAUUGAAAAAACAAGAAAUAAAGAAAUAAAGAAUAUUGACAAAAAAUUGUAUGAAAUUGAAGAAAUACUAAAAGUAUUUGAAGAAAAAAUGAAUAAAUCUGAAGAAAAAGUGAAGGUAAUAGAUGAAGAAAUUGAAACAACAACGACAACAACAGACGUAAAAUUAACAGAUAAAAAUUUAAAAAUAAUACAAGAAAAGUUAAAACAAAUAGAAGAAGAAAUAAAAAUAAUAGAAGAAGAAAUAAAAGUAAUUGAUGAAAAAAAUACAAAACCUCUUGAUGUGACAAAAACAAUAAAAUAUUUCGAAACAAUUGAAGCAAUAAAAAAACAAAUGAAAGUAGAAAAUAAAACGAUUAAUGAAAUGACAACAAAAGAUGAAAUUGAAGUUAUAGAAGGAAACAAAGAAAUUGAAGCUACAACAGAGUCAACAACAACAAAAGAAGAAGAAUAUGGAACAACAACUAAAGAAACAAAAUCAAAAGAAGAAGUAUUUGAAACAACAACAAUAACAAAAGAAACAAAAUUUAAAGAAGAAAUUGAAGUAACAAAAACAAAAGAAGAAGUAUUUAAAACAACAACAGAGAAAACAAAAUCAAAAGAAGAAAUUGAAAAAACAAAAGAAGAAAUAUUUGCAACAACAACAGAGGAAAUUGAAAGAACAACAACAAAAGAAGAAGUAUUUGAAACAACAACAACAACAACAACAGAAGAAGAAGAAAUAAAAUCAAAAGAAGUUGAAACGACAAAAACAAAAGAAGAAGAAUUUGAAGCAACAACAACAGAAGAAGAAAAAGAAACAAAAAUAAUACAAAUUGAGGCAACAAAAACAAAAGAAGAAGAAGAAGUCUUUGAAACAACAACAAUAACAAAAGAUGAAGAAAAAUUCGAAACAACAACAGAAGCAACAAAAAUAAAACAAAUUGAAGCAACAGUAACAAAAGAAGAAGCAAAAGAAGAAAUUGAAGAAAAUACUGAAGAAAUAAAAAUAAAAGAAAAAGUUGAAACAACAACAGAAGAAGUAAAAAUAAAAGAAGAAAUAAAAACAACAACAGAAAAAUUAAAUAUUUUAAAUUUUACGGAUAAAAUUGAAGCUAUAAAUUUAGCAAAUGAAGAAAUUACAGCUAUAAAAACAACAACAACAGAAAGGGGAGAAAAAAUUGAAGAAGCAAAUAAUGUCAAAGAAGAAAAUUAUCAAAUGACAGAAAAAAUUGAAGUAACAUUAGCAAGUGAAGAUAUAGAAGAAGUUACCACAACAACAGAAGAAAUCGAAAUAAAAGAAGAAUUAGAAUUUAAUGCAACAGAUGAAACAAAACAAAGAGGGAAAAUAGAAGAGAUAAAAACAAAUGAAGAAAUAGAAAAAACAACACAAAAAGAAGAAAUUGAAGUUGCAAAGAUAUCGAAAAAAUUGGAAGAAGCUAAACAAGAAGAAGAAAUAGAAGAAGCAAUAAUAUCGAAAAAAAUAGAAAUAGCACAGCAAAAAGAAGAAAUAGAAGAAGCUAAACAAAAAGAAGAAAAAGAAGAAGAAAUAAUAUCGAAAAAAAUAGAAAUAGCAAAGCAAAAAGAAGAAAUAGAAGAAGCUAAACAAAAAGAGGAAAUAUCGAAAAAAUUAAAAGAAUCAAAACAAAAAGAAGAAAUAGAAGAAGAAAUAUCGAAAAAAUUAAAAGAAGAAAUUGAAGAAGCUAAACAAAAAGAUGAAAUAGGAGACGAAAUUGCAGAAGCUGAACAAAAAGAAGAAAUUGAAGAAACAAAACAAAUCGAAGAAAUAGAAGAAGAAAUAAUAUCGAAAAAAAUUGAAAUAGCAAAGCAAAAAGAAGAAAUAGAAGAAGCUAAACAAAAAGAAGAAAUAUCGAAAAAAUUAAAAGAAUCAAAACAAAAAGAAGAAAUAUCGAAAAAAUUAAAAGAAGAAAUUGAAGAAGCUAAACAAAAAGAAGAAAUAGGAGAAAAAAUUGCAGAAGCUGAACAAAAAGAAGAAAUUGAAGAAACAAAACAAAACGAAGAAAUAGAAGAAGAAAUAAUAUCGAAAAAAUUAGAAGAAGCAAAGGAAAAAGAAGAAAUAGAAGAAUCUAAACAAAAAGAAGAAAAACAAAAAGUAGAAAUAGAAGAAGAAAAACAAAAGGAAGAAAUUGAAGAAGAAAAACAAAAUGAAGAAAUAUCGAAAAAAUUAAAAGAAGCAAAACAAAAAGAAGAAAUAGAAGAAGAAAAACAAAAAGAAGAAAUAGAAGAAGGAAUUUUGAAAAAAUUAGAAGAAGGAAAACAAAAAGAAGAAAUUGAAGUUACAAUUGAAAAAUUAAAUCACGACCCAAUGAAAAAUCAAUCAAAACUUCCAAAUGUACGUUCAAUUACAAAUUCAAAAAUUAAUAAUAUUCCCGCGCAAAAAAUUGAAAUUACCAAAAAAAAUUCCGAUUCAAAAUUCACAUUUCCAAUUCGUAUUAUAAUGAAAGCACCACAUUUGGAUAUUACCGGAAAUACAAUAGUGAAACAUGAUUAUCUUAUUUUAAAAACAGAUAAUAAUAAUAAUAAUAAUAAUAAUGAAAAUUUUCAUCAACAUUUUGAUUCAGGUAUUAAAAUUGAAUUACCUGAAGGGAAUUUUAAUUUUUCCCCUAAUAAUGAAAAUAAAAAUGAUUUUGAAAAAAAAAUUUACGAUAUUUUAAAUAUUGAAAAUCAUCAACUUAUUUUAAAUAAUGAAAAUUUCCCGCCAAAUCAAACGAUUGGACAAAAAAAUAAUAAUUCAAAUGAAAAAAUAAACAACGAAUCAUUUAUUAUUAAUAGUGAAAAAUUAAAAUUUUCUAUUAUUAAUCACGAUGAAAAUUAUCAGAUGGGGAAAAAAAUUGAUAAAAUAAUUUUUGGUAAAGACGAAAGUCCAGGAAUUUAUGAUAAUUUGGCGACAGAUAAUUUUGAAAUUUUUAAUAAUGAAAAUAUUGACACGGAAAAUCAGGAUUAUGAUAUUAUAUACGAGGAUAUAGAUAAAAAUUUGGAAAAUUACGAGGUCGAAAAAAAUACUGAAAAUUCAGUCAGUGAAAAAGAGGAUAAAGCAAAAAUCAAAUUAAUCGAACAUUAUAGUAAAUUAUUGUCAUGGAUUCAUUAUGUACUCAAUUAAUGGUAAAUUUUAAAAAAUAAUUUUUACAAAAAACAAAAAAAAAAUCAAAUUUUUAUUUUUUAAAUAAUUUUUUUAAAAAUAUUUUUUUAAUAUAUAGUAAAAAUGUGUUUAUUUUCAAAUAUAAUUUUUUUUA